CAUAAACUUCAAUUUAUAACUAACCGUUUUUUAGCGCUUUAACAUUUUUAUUAGCUAUUUAACACUAAAUGAAGCUUAUAAACGACGCUGACUGAUAUUCAGAAUAAUACUUGAGUAACAGCGUACUUUAGGAAAAUUGUGUAAUUAAUAUGCCUUUCCAUAAAAUUGAAUGCGUCAUUAAAUCUACUCUUUGAUGAAUAAUUGUAAGUUUAAGAGAUGUUAAAUAGGAUUGGAAAGUCAUCUAAAGAUCAAAUGGUUGUUUCCACUUUAACGUGUCAUCUGAAAACUAUUACAGCUAUCUGCAUAGUGAAUCCAGAACCACAUACUUGUUCUGAUAUUGUUCGCAGAUCAUUAAAAAGACGAAGCAAAAGGAAAAAAAAAAAUAUUUCGAAGUUACAUAAAACUUUUGAUCAAGCAUUUGAUGGCGCAUUGCAAGUAAUAAACACUAGAACAAGAUUGAGAAAUAUGUUUUCAUCGACUUUUUUAAAAUGGAGCAAUACUUUUAGAUCUAUUAAAAGACAGCAAGUAAGAGACAGUAGUUUAAAGAAUAAUACGGCAGUCAAAGAAGAACUUAUUAAAAAUAAAGCAGAUUCAAGCUUAGAAUUAUCGUGUUCAAGUGUAGAAAGUUACAAGGAUAGUAAUUCUGAAUCUUCUGAGCUUUCUGAUAAUUCUGAAUCUUCAGAGCAAUUUGAUAAUUCUGAAUCUUCAGAGCAGUCUGAUAACCCUGAAUCUUCUGAACAAUCUGAUAAUACAGAAACAGACGGUGUCACUUUUGCUUUGACUCAAAAAUUUAUCGGUUGGAGGGUAUAAUUUUAUUUUGUAUUUAUAUUUAUAUAGUGAACAAUAUUUAUGGUUAGUAAUGAAUUUGUAAAUAUGUAUGAUAACUAUGAAUCUUUAUAAAUGA